AUACUGUUGGAGCUUCUCGGCCACAAACGAGGAGACGAUUCCACGAAGAAGAGUUCAGCGUGUAGCUUUAGAUAUGAGAAUCCAGAACGUUAUCUUCUCCUCCAUUCUACACCAUUCGCUUCUCUGUCUGUACUCCAGUUCUUGUUUGGUUCCACUUAUUCCUUCUUCUUUUAUAGUCCUCUUCUCUUCCUGUUAGAAUUUUCUUUCUCCAUUUGUUUCUUCAUUUUGUUAGUUCGUCUUCAGCCCAUUUGGGAUCUUUGAGUCUCAUUCUUUGUUUCUCUUCUUUGAUUUUUCUUGACAUCGUCUCCACUUUCAGAUCAGAAACAUAUCCUAAAGACCCAUUUUUGGGGGUUAGCUUCUGAAAUUCAUUACCUUUAUUUUUCUGAUUAAGAAUUAUGCGUUUUAGACUCCAAAUCAUCAUUUUUUUGUCAAUUCAGUUAGAUGGGUACCUCCUAAAUCUCAUCUAGAAGCUUGGAAAAGGUUUGAAUAAAUAGAAAAAGGAAGGGAAAAAAAGAAAGCAAGUGAAGGAGGAUGAAAAUCCAGUGCGAUGUCUGCGAGAAAGCUCCGGCUACCGUGAUUUGUUGCGCCGACGAGGCCGCUUUAUGUGCCAAGUGCGAUAUCGAAGUGCAUGCUGCAAACAAGCUCGCCAGCAAGCACCAGAGGCUUCUACUGCAGUGCCUCUCCGACAAACUUCCCCGAUGUGAUAUCUGCCAAGAGAAAACAGCUUUUAUUUUCUGUGUUGAAGAUAGAGCUCUCUUCUGUCAAGAUUGUGAUGAGUCGAUCCACUCUGCAAAUAGCCUUUCUGCCAACCACCAAAGAUUUCUUGCCACUGGAAUCAAAGUGGCUUUGAGAUCUGGUUGUAACAAGGACAACAACAAAGGAUUUUUGGAGCCACCAAACCAGAAGCCACAACCAGUGGCCAUGAAAAUACCUUCACCGCAACCUUCAACUUUUGCUUCUCCACCAUGGGCAGUUGAUGACUUGUUACAGUUUUCAGAUUUUGAACCCAGUGAUAAGCAGAAAGAGUCUGUUGAGUUUGGAGAACUUGAGUGGUUUACGGAUAUUGGCCUCUUUGGUGAGCAAGUACCUCAGGAGACACUGGCAGCAGCUGAAGUUCCUCAACUUCCCGUUUUACAACCAAGUAAUGCUACCUUAUACAGACCCACCAAACCUCACAUGCCUCUUAAGAAGCCUAGGAUCGAGAUAUCAGAUGAUGAGGAGUUCUUCACUGUCCCUGAUCUUGGUUAAAGCCGAAAAAAGCAUCCACUACAUGGCAUAGGUGUUUGUAAGUAGCAUGAUAAAAUACACAAGGAUACAUAGAUAUAUUUAUAUGAAGAUGUUAAUGUAUCAAAGUAGGUGCUGUAAGGUGAUCAGAAAGAGUUGUUCUAGCCGUAAUUGCUAUUAUGUGUCCAUUGUAGUUUUUGGUCUAAUGGGUCUUGCACUCUUCUUGUCAUGCAA